CUCUAGGCAGUGAGAUCCAUCGGGCAGCUCUUCUCUCGAUCCCCAUUCUUGAAUCUCCCCUUCCCUCUCUCCUCUCCUCUAGCAAUAUUUCGAGCAUCGAUCGAGCAAUGGCGCCGCCUCGAUCCGGAAUCGCGAUCCUGCUCAUUGCAAUCCUGUGCAUCGCGCUCCUCCCGGCAGAUUCCAGCGCCCAAUCCUGCACGAAUUACCUCGCCCUGGCGAGCUGCAUCCCCGCCGCGGUCGGCAACACCGCUCCGACCGCGAGUUGCUGCUCGCUGAUCCAGAAAUACGUGAAGAAGCCGGCAUGUCUGUGCACGCUCGUCCAGAGCGCCAAGAAAGCCAUCCCUAGUAUCAACAUAGCCAAGGCGGUGAUCCUCCCCAAGAAAUGUAACUUCGGGAAAUACGUGCCCAAGAACUACAAGUGUGCUGGGGUUUCGGUUCCCCGCGAAUAAGGAAUGGCGAUCUUCACCGUUCAUCCCGACCACCAUUCCGCUCCAUAAUAGUCCACCAGAUGUGGAAUGUACUACGCCCUCGCUUUGCUAAUACAAACCUCUCGUUUGCCCUAUA